UCGUCUCGAGGAGAAGCGACCUGCCAAAUUGAGUUUGUGGCUGUCGGAGUGCGUCAGAUCAGACCAUGGUCUCGGAACAGAGCUCAUUUCGAAGGAACCAAGUUCCUUUUUUUCUAAAGAGAGUAAUGUAUAAGUCGGCUGUACUCUGCCGGAUUGUGCUCUCCAUACGUACUGUUGUCGCAUAUUUUCCAAUGUCAGGCUGGACUUACAACGCCCCGAGCGGCUCGCCAACCGAUGGCCCUCAAAUCACGUCUAUCGCUGUUGUCUUUACAGCCGUUGCGCUCCUUACGGUUCUCUUGAGAGUUUAUGUCAGAGGGUUUAUGCUCAAGUCGGUGGGAGCUGAUGACUGGAUCAUCAUCGUGACAUGGAUCGCGAGCUGCGGAUUCGCUGUUGUUACCGUGAUACAAACGAAAUGGGGGCUCGGAUUGAAGAAACUUGACGACUUGCCUCCGCAGAACUACUACAACUUCAUGCUGCUACAAUUCAUGGGCGCGCCAUUUUACAUAUCUAGUAUUCUUGGGUUCAAGCUCAGCCUUUUGAUUUCGUACUUGAGAUUCAUGGCGUCGGGCAUAUGGUACAAAGUGACAGUCGGCGUUGCUGUUGCUUGCACACUGUUCCAUCUUUCUUUCUUGAUUGCGCAGAUCAACCUCUGUACACCUGUUCGAAAACAAUGGGAUUUGAGCAUUACGCACGGCUCCUGUCUCAAGGGCGUGCCUAUGUACACCACUAUGGCCUCGAUAACCAUCGUCUUUGAUGUUGUCGUCAUGAUGCUCCCGUUCCCGACUCUACUGAAGCUACAAAUGCCGAACCGCAAGAAAGUCGUCCUCCUCGGUCUUUUCGCCAUGGGAAUCUUUAUAUCCAUCAUCCAAAUCGUCCGCAUUCAGACCAUAAAAUCCCUCUCCAACCUUCUCGACUCAGCCAGUCUCAUCAAAUGGUCAAUGGUCGAGAACAAUCUCGGAAUAAUAGUCGCCUGCGUCCCGACCCUCGCCCCUCUUGUGCGCUACUUCAGCGAGCAGUCCCGCGUCGGGAGUCGCAGCCGCAGCAAGUCGCAGAACAAUUCCGGUUACGCGCUGCAGUCGACCUACCGCAAGAACCUUUCCAGAAGAAGCGGACUGCAACCUUUGGGUAGUGGGGUUGAUGAGCAGAUUGGUGAUAGUGCAGAGGACAUUUUGGCCAAGGAGGAUGGAAUCAUGCGCAAGACGGAAAUUGUGAUUAGUUCAGCUCAGGGACCGUUGGAUAGGGGAGAGCUCACUCCGGGACAAUAUCAUGGGCGGUAGACAUUACGAUUUAUUAGUUAGUUUUAGUGUAAGAUACCAAUGCGCAAGUGACAAAUGCUUGUUAGUAAAGGUCUCGAACUAUUUCUCCUCAGCGUCGUGGUAGGGGUCAUAGUGUUGAUUGGGCCGCAUCUGAAUUCGUCAUAUCAUCUUAACGCAUUUCAUUCUAGUGUUUGAAAAAGC